AUGUCGUUCGACGAGGAGCAAGAGAACAUCCUUGCCCCUCAUGAUCUGGCAAGGAACUCGUGGCAGUUCCGCAGUAGUCGACGACACCGCCGUGGCGAUGCUCUCCUUCGAAAGAAAUUGGCUGGUCAUGUGGUCAAAGCGAAGAAGCGCCUACUGAAGGAGGAGAGCUGGAACGAUUUCCAUCCGGACGUUCAGUAUUCGCUGAACAAACAUCAGCGUUGGAGAACGAUUAACGUUCCAUCACUACUCGAAAACAACGAUCGUUCUGACCUCGAAGUUCUCGUUGUCAAUCGCGUGAUCACCCCAAGAAAUUUGAGCGACAUUCAAAAUCUGGAUGUUUCAAAUGUGCAUAUGAAGGAUAAUGGGAUGAUCAGUACGCUUUCAACGAGAGGAAAAGGGCAAAAGCUCUCCCAUUUCCAUGAAACAUUGAGAGAACGUAGACAGAUGGACAAAGAUGAGGUUGAGCCGGCAAGAAUCCUCUUCAACGUUGUUGAGCCUCAUCCGAAUCGUUCUGAGGACGAGUACGAAGACCGGCCUGAUGUGUCGCUAGACGUUGCAAGAGCUCCCAGAUCGUCGUUCACGCUGGGAGAUUUCUUAGUGAAUUCAUCGCCUUCAAAGGACACGAGUGAAGAUUAUGUAGAAGAAACCGACAGUUGGGAGGUCAUAGAUCCCGAGCCAGAAUGGCCAACAGAGAUUAUUCAACCGAAGCCAGCUGAUCUAGUCGAUAUCUCUGCUGCCACCAAUGCCGAUUCAGUUUUCGAAGUAAUCGAUGUGGAAACAAAGAAUUUGCAGAACUUCGAUUUUCACAGAACGGUUUCCCUUCUAGAGCAAGAACGCGUGGUUGUCCGUUGGAUCGAUCAGGAUCGCGCCAUGGUUGAUGCAAGUCGUCAGGCUCGGGUUAGCGGUGACGAGCUUUUACAGAGGCCGUUGCUUAUCCUCUUCUUCGAGUUAAGGGACGGUGGCCGUGUACUCAGGGUACGAGUCAACGCAAAUGCUCGAUAUGUGAAUGGUUCCGACCGUGGGGCCUUUCUUCACCGUGCUAAGUGCCAUACUGACUUUACGUCUCUCCUGAAUCAUAUCGCAGAGACUGUUAGGUCCUUGAGAUUGAGGAACUUGGAUGUUCCAAAAGAAAAAUCUCGUUGCAUGGAAAAUGAGGAGUUUUUCGCAGCAGAUGUCAACAGUGAAGCCUUAGCCAUAAAGGCAGAUCGCUGCAACGAAUACGAUAGGCUACAGUUUUUGAGGGAUGUUGGCAAUGAAGCUGACAGCAGAAGGACUAAUGAGCUUGAGAACAUUCCUUCCGUCCACUGCUGUUGUUCGUCAUGGAAACGAACAGAGUUCUUCGAAACAAAAGAUGGGAUGAGUUGUCGAGACUGCAUUACCUCGCACAUAGUACAUCAACUUCGUCUCAAUCAUGUUCCAGUCGACAUCUCGCUUCCAUCUAUCGAAAACCUUUCGAGUAUUGAUCUCCUCUAUGCGGUCCUGCCAGUGCCACUGAUCUCAGUUCUAAUAAAAAUGUCCUACUCCUAUUAUCGUCACCUUCGUGAUCCAAAUGUUGUAUUUUCUGAAUGCCCUCGCUGUACUGUCGAAGUAGCGAUCGCUUCUCCCAACGAAGACAGUACCAAUUGCAUCUGUCCCGAAUGUGAAUCCCAUUGGUGUUGGCUGUGUAACUCCGAACCACAUUGGCCGAUGAGCUGUGAAGAAUUCAAGCAAUGGGUUAGCAAAUGGGAUCAGCAAUAUUUCGUCGACAAGUACCGUUUGCAACCGGAUGAAGAUCUACUACGCAUUACUUGCCUGUGUGGUAUCGUUCUUAUUGCAGAAUGGCAAUGGCAUAUUGUAGUGCUAAAUACGAGAGGACCCUACGAAGUUGGAAUACUUCGCAUUAGGUUACCAAGUGAGUCAGCUCAUAACACAGUAUGCCGAUGUGGCCAUCGGUACGACAAAACUGGUCUGAUGAGCCGGAACUCCAAAUACUUCCCUUAUUAUGCAUGUUCAAGAAAAUUCCACGAUUUGGAAGGAAAACCGAAGCAGGGUGAUCCAGUGCCUGUCGAACGAAUUGCACCAGUGCAGUUGAUUGCAAAAGAGUUCGCCGAUGUAAGUGAUUAUUUCCGGAGGAAUCUCCGUAGAUUUUAUCUAAAAAUGACUUGUCAUGAAUCUAUGGCCCAGAAGAAAGGUACCGAUAGAUCGGGCUUAGCUCUGUACCUCCAGAAGAAUUCUCCAUCAUACUGA